AUGACACUGCCAAAAGCAACCCCACUUUCUGGCAGGUUUAUCCACCAGGUGAACCAGGCCGCCAUCACCAUCCAGCGCUGGUACCGACAUCAAGUGCAACGGCGCCGAGCCGGGGCCGCCCGCCUGGAGCACCUGCUGGCGUCCAAGCGAGAGGGGCAGCGGCAGCGGCUAGGAGAGGGGACCCUCCUGGACCAGCACCAACAGAAGGAGGUGGCCAGGAGGAAGGCCCGGGAGGAGAAGGCGCGCCAGGCCCGGAGGGCAGCCGUCCAGGAACUGCAGCAGAAGCGAGCCCAGAAGUCAGGUAAUGCUGACCUUGGGCUGCUGAAGGGGCCGGGGGAGACAGGGAAGCCCCAGACCACCCAGGAGCCAAGCCUGAGGCCGGGGAGCACCGCCCAGCAGACCCGCAAGGCCAAUAACACUGGGGCUGGGCUCCGCACCGCGGGCCCGGAGGACCCCUGCCAGCCCGCCCGCGACUCGUCGCCAGAGCCCCGGCAGCUUCCAGAGGACAAGCCUCAGGAUGCCAGCUCCCAGGACAUGGCUGGCGAGGGCCUGGAAGCUUUGGGCCCUGUUAGGAGCAGGGCCAAGUCCAGGGCAACCCUGGACGAGCUGCUGGACACGCUGAAGCUGCUGGAGCAGGAGCCUGAGCCGCUGCCCCACCCCCAGGCCUACCACAAGGACAAAUACGCCUGGACCGACGAGGAGGACGAUUCCAGCUCCCUGACAGCCGACAACCUGGAGAAAUUUGGGAAGCUGAGUGUGGCUGCUUGCCCCCGCGAGGACGGGACCCUGCUAUCGGAGGCCAAGCUGCAGAGUAUCAUGAGCUUCCUGGAUGAGAUGGAGAAGUCUGGGCAGGGCCCGCCGGCCUCGGCCCCCCAGGGACCCGUGCCGGAGGAGGGGCUGGGGCGCCUGGAGCCUGCGUCCGAGGUCAGCACAUCGGUGAUGCGGCUGCAGCUGGAGGUGGAGGAGAAGAAGCAGGCGAUGGUGCUGUUGCAGAGGGCGCUGGCGCAGCAGCGCGACCUCACCAUCCGGCGGGUCAAAGAGACGGAGAAGGAGCUGGGUCGGCAGCUGCGGCAGCAGAAGGAGCACUACGAGGCCACCAUACAGCGGCACCUGUCCUUCAUCGACCAGUUGAUCGAAGACAAGAAGGCUCUGGGUGAGAAGUGCGAGGCCCUGGUGGCCGAGCUGAAGCAGGGGGACCAGAGGCUCAAGGACAAGGAGGCCCAGAUGCAGGAGCAGCACGAGCUGGAGAUUAAGAAACUCAAAGAACUCAUGAGCGCCACCGAAAAAGUCCGCAGGGAAAAGUGGAUCAAUGAGAAGACCCGGAAGAUCAAGGAGAUCACGGUCAAAGGCCUGGAGCCUGAGAUCCAGAAGCUGAUCGCCAAGCACAAGCAGGAGGUGAAGAAGCUAAAGAGCCUGCACGCGGUGGAGCUGCUGCAGGCGGACGAGCGUGCGGCCCAGCGCUACGGACGCCAGGCGGAGGAGCUCCGCGAGCACCUGGAGCGGGAGAAGGAGGCGCUGGGCCGUCAGGAGUGGGAGCGUGCCCAGCAGCGCUUCGAGCAGCACCUGGAGCAGGAGCAGCGGGCCCUGCAGCAGCAGCGGCGGCGGCUCUACAGUGAGGUGGCCGAGGAGAAGGAGCGGCUGGGCCAGCAGGCCGCCAGGCAGCGGGCAGAGCUGGACGAGCUGAGGCGGCAGCUGGAGGAGAGCAGCUCGGCAGGGGGCCGGGCCUUGAGGGCCGAGUUUGAGAAGGGGAGAGAGGAGCAGGAGCGCAGGCACCAGAUGGAACUGAAGGCCCUGAAGGACCAGCUGGAGGUGGAGAAACAGACGUGGGAGGCCAACUCCGCCAAGAAGGAGGAAGCGUGGCUGCUGAACCGGGAGCGGGAGCUGAAGGAAGAGAUCCGGAGAGGCCGGGACAAGGAGAUCGAGCUGGUCAUCCACCGGCUGGAGGCCGACAUGACGCUGGCCAGGGAGGAGAACGAGCGGGCCGCUGAGAGCCGGGUCAAACGCCUCCGGGAUAAGUACGAGGCGGAGCUCUCAGAGCUGGAACAGUCGGAGCGGAAGCUCCAGGAACGGUGCGCAGAGCUGAAGGGGCGCCUUGGGGAGGCUGAGGGGGAGAAUGUGCGUCUGCAGGGCCUGGUGCGGCAGAAGGAGAAAGAGCUGGCGGACGUGAAGGCGGUAAACGAGCAGCUGGCUGGCGAGCGCAGCAGCCUGGCCCAGGUCCUGCGCCAGGAGUUCGCUGAGCGGCUGGCAGCUUCUGAGGAGGAGAACCGGCAGGUCAGGGCCGAGCUGGCCGAGCUGCGGGCCCGCCAGCGGCUGGAGCUGGAGCAGCUCACGCGGGAGAAGCAGGCAGAGCUGGAGGAGGUUCACGGGAGGGUGAAGCUGGCCCUGGCAAAGAAGGAGGAGGCCGUGAGCAGCCUCCGGAAGCAGCACGAGGCCGCGAUGAAGAGGGCCGACCACCUGGAGGAGCUGCUGGAGCAGCGCAGGCGGCCGUUCCCGAGUGCCAAGUGACCGCCGACAGCAGCAGGCUGAGGGCGCCUGGCAGGAAGUGCUGUGGCCGCCCCUCAGGUGGAGCACCGAGGCCACGUCGUAACAGUAAA